CGAGCGCGCCCCACCCCGGCCCCUCUUCUGCCCGACUCCCUCAGGAUAUUUUUAGCGCUGGUGAUGUUCCCUGUCAAAUCACGUAACGGAAACAAGCCCACGGCUAGAGACCGGAGCGGCGCGGAGAGCCCUCACUCCGGUUCAUCGCGAUCUGCGGCGCUGAAGCUGAUGAGAUGAAAUCUGGAAUGAAUGUGGUGCUCGGCGUGCUCGUGGUCCUUACCGGCUCCUCGCGUGCGGGAGGUCCGAGCAGCGUUCUACCUCCCGGUUCCACUGCAGCCGCCUCGCCGUCGCCGAGCCACACUGGCUCUUCAGCACCUCCUGACCCGACACAGGAUCCAGGGACCGAGGCCCCGCAGUGGAAACAUGAUCUGGCAGGCGAGAAGGAAAUGUUGACUGAAAGCGCCGCUGGGACUCCUCAGUCGCAAGAGACGCUCCCCUCAACCUCCGACAGUCAGGAAAACACCAUAUUCACAACCUGGAGCUCUGCAGCACCGACAGACGGCCCCGCCGCCACCAGCAGCGCCGCGGACGCUGCGUCUUCUCCAGCUGCUGCAGAGGGCCUUUCAUCCGGACCCCUCCCCACCUCUCCGCGGUUCGUCUCCACUCCUGACGGCUCGGCGCCGCUGACCGCCGUCUCCCUCGCCGCCGUUUCAUCUCAGCCAGCCCGUGCGGGGACGGACGCGAGCUCGGCGGCUCCCGCCUCCACCGCACCGCCGGGGUCAGGAUCCUCCUCCACAGGCAGCCGGCAGACCACCGGGCGGCCUCAGACCCCGGCCCCCGGCCCGGCCCCUGCGGGGCCAACGCACCACGAGGGCCCGUCUGAACUCAAUGUUGGGGAUGAAGAGCUGAAGACGUCCCACCACGACUCCAGGUCCCGUCUGGACCCCCUGCUGGCCGGCCUGCUGUCAGUCUUCAUCGUCAGCACGGCCAUCGUCUUCGUCGUCCUGUUCCUCAAGUUCAGGCAGCGGACGAACCACCCAGAGUUCCACCGGCUGCAGGACCUGCCCAUGGACGAUCUGAUGGAGGACACGCCGCUGUCCAGACACUCAUACUGAUGCAGCCGCCGCUCGCUGACCAGAGGCUCAUCGAACACCAGGGAAACUCACUUUGGAUCAGAGAAACACCUCUUUGCCUGAGAGCAGCCGGGUCCCCCCUCCUGGUUCAGUAACUGAGAGCUGAGGGUCCCUGAUCGGUUUCUGGAAGCUUCUUCAAGCGAGACUCGUCAGAGAACUUCAGCUUUCUUCCACAUUCCCCUUUAAAGUCCUGGAGCUGCUCAGAGGUCAGACCUCCUCUCCUCUGCCCCUCCCGGGACUGAGUCAGGUGCCUCUGCAUCCCUGCCUGCAGCACUUUAAUGUGGCAUGAAGGGUCACACUGCCCCCUAGGGGACUCCUGAGGUAAUGUGGAUCAAGGUUAUCAGGAAGACAGAAUAACUUCUCUUCAGUUCUUGGGAAGGUGGCAGAGUGGCCAUAGAGGGGUUUAGUUAUGAUGCCUGAGGUGACCAAAUGUGAGUGAACUGCACUUUUUAAGCUAAAUGCCAGGUCACACAUAUUGUCUUAAAGCCAAGGCCCCAUUGAGAGUCGACUCUCCCACCGCCGGUCCUCUUACAGCACAGGUCUCUCAUUCAGCUGCUUCAUUUUAAUAACCAACUGAAAAUAUUCAGCCUUUAAUGUGUGGCUUCCUGUGUUUUUAGGCUCGUAAAUCACCAUGGUCAGGUGGUCCUGUAGACAUUUUGAACUUGGUUUUUGCCGUCUGCAACAAAUGGUGUUUGAUAAAUCUGACUCUGCUGCACUGAAGAAACUCUGAUAUGGGGAAUUGUUCAAUCGGCAGUGUGUGGGAUUUGCUGGCUGAACACUUCUCCUUCACAUCCAGAACCUGCAGAGGCAACAAAAACACUUCCCUUCACGCCUUCUAGCAUUAGUUACCUCGCUUACACAAGGCUUGUUUGGUGAACAGUAAGAAGCUUUUCUACGUAGCUUUUAUGUACAUAUACGAUAUAUUUUAUGUACAUAUAUCGUACAUAUACUCACAUGGAACUUCCUUUCAGGUUGCCUUUUUAAGAACUGACCCAAGAUAAAAUAUGAAAACAACCUCGUUUAAUGAAAAAAGAGUUUGUGCAUUGAGGAAUAGAUAUUCUUCCUGUCAAAAUACAACCAGCAAGUGACAUUAAAACCUAUUUCCAAAUGCAUCGAGUUUAAAACACAGUAUUUACUCAGCGAGCAGUCAGAGCUGGAACCUUUUCUCAGGGCAGAAGCAGGCCUUCCAGGUGAUUUGGUGACUCUAAUAGCUCCAGUGAAUGUGUUCCUGGUCACCCUGCCUUUCUCUGCAGUCAGAUGGAUGGAUGGAUGCUUCAAAUUUCAGACUGUAAAAGUCGGUUUGCUUCACAGUUUCUCCCACUGGAUGGGUGGCCAGCUCAUCACAGGACUAUAAAGCAGCCAAAACAGUGUCACUUAUAGGCUCUUUUAAAAAGCCACGCAGUGUCAUUCUAAACAAUAAAAUCAAAAGUUUGAUAAAAGUGAUGCAAAUUGCUCAUUUUGCCGAUUUUUAAAAGUCAAGCACAUAAAACAAGGUUGACGGCGAAGAGGUGGACGUUACAGUGGACCUCUUGACAUCGUCGCUGUCUUAAACGAACGGCUCAGAGACCUGAAUGAAUGCACUAUGUUGAAUUGUGAUUUAAGUUAAACAAAAUUAUUUGAGUCUCUUUCUUUACAUUGGUGGCUAAACUAUCAUCUGACAGUCUGUGAAAAUAAGGAUAUAGAUUAUUUUCCACUGGCAGUUCAGCAGGUCCAAUAAUCAUCAAACUCUAUCUUUGCUGGAUUAAGAGAAGUUUAUGGAGAUCAAACGAGCUGUCAUGAUAUUUUAACAAGAUAAAAAUGAUCUGAAUGGUGUGAGACCAGACUCCUGAAGACUGAAAGAUGCUACAGCCACCCUGAUGCCUUUUUACUGCAAAACACUGCGAUUAAGAGGUAUUUCGCUUGGUAUUUAAAUCAUAGCCACACAGGUUAAAAGAGGUUGAUCAUCUGUGAAAGAGGCCUUACUCCCUUUACCAAGCUUUCUUUUCAAUUUAACUAAAUCAUAAUUCACGAUUGCAGGUAAUUUGACUCGAAUGAAAUCAAUACCAUCAUUUUUCUUUCCCCUCAAGAGGAUCCACACACCUGUCACACAGGUCAUUUAAAUACGAUGCAAAACUCACAUUUUUUGACAGCUCCUGUCGCACGUUAAGCUGAGAGAUUUACAAGCAGCAGCAGAUUCAGAACUGUGUCUGUAUUCGGUGAAGUGUCAUGCAAGUGUGCUGUAACUAACUCCUUUAAAACCUAUGGUUCUUUGUGUAUCGAGUGGAAACAGUAUUGUGUCUUUGAGAUGUAAAGAUGUAAUGAUUUGAAGAUUUCCUGUUUGAUAAUA